AUCUUGCUGAGCUGAGUAAGUUUUUAUCUCCUUGAUUCGGAAAUGACUCUCUCCUAUUUGUCUAAGAUCCGAGUUAACCUUGGCUGCCCUGAAAACUCUCACUAUUUAUUACCUAGCACAUGGCAUGACCGGGAUUGUUUGCUCAACAUCUUUUCUUCUGACCUUCAUUUUUUUCACUCUUCUAUUUGCUAUAUCAUCGAUUAUACUAACACCGCGGUUUUAGAAAUUUAGGUUGUUUCAGAUAUUAUUUCUUGCUAUCACAACUUCUUGGACGUUAUUAGAUAUUUAUUAUUAAAAUCAAAAUGGUCGGUCUUGGUCCUCGAAAGCCGCCCUCCCGAAAGGGGUCGAUGGCCGAUGUGCCAAAAGAUCUUCUUACCGAGAUUAAGAAGCUAGAAGAUCUAUUCACCGUUGAUAAAACUAAGCUCAAGGAAAUCACCACACACUUCGUUUCAGAGCUCGAGAAAGGCUUGAGCGUAGAAGGUGGCAGUAUCCCAAUGAACCCAACAUGGGUUAUGGAUUUCCCAGAUGGAUCCGAGACUGGAACCUACUUGGCUUUAGAUAUGGGUGGUACAAACCUGCGUGUUUGUGAGAUUACCCUAACGGAUAACAAGUCGGAGUUCGAUAUUAUCCAGUCCAAAUACCGCAUGCCCGAGGAGCUGAAGACUGGCGAAUGUGAGGAACUUUGGGAGUAUAUCGCCGAUUGUCUGAAGCAAUUCAUCGAAACCCACCACGGUGAAAUUCCUGCAUCACAGGGAAAGAUUCCCCUUGGUUUCACAUUCUCGUACCCUGCCACUCAGAACUACAUUGAUGAGGGUGUUUUACAACGAUGGACGAAGGGUUUCGAUAUCAACGGCGUCGAGGGCCGUAAUGUUGUGCCGCUUCUAGAAGCUGCCUUAGAUGCGCAGGAAGUUCCUAUCAAAGUGUCGGCCUUGAUCAAUGAUACUACGGGUACUCUCAUUGCUUCGGCCUACACUGACCCAAAGAUGGCCAUCGGAUGUAUUUUCGGAACCGGAUGCAAUGCCGCAUACAUGGAGAACUGCGGUUCUAUUCCUAAGCUAGCUCACUUGAACCUGGACCCGAGCUUGCCGAUGGCUAUUAACUGUGAGUGGGGCGCUUUCGACAACGAGCACAAGGUCCUUCCACGGACUCCUUACGAUAUCAUUAUCGACAAGGAAUCUCCCCGACCGGGACAGCAGGCCUUCGAGAAAUGUAUAGCUGGUCUCUAUCUCGGAGAAAUCUUCCGACUGAUUUUGGUCGAUUUGCAUGACAACAAGGAGGUUCACAUUUUCGAGGGACAAGACAUCAAGUACCUCCGAAAGCCGUACACUCUUGAUUCAUCCUUCCUCUCGGCCAUUGAGGAUGACCCAUUCGAGAACUUGCAGGAGACUGCAGAUCUAUUCCAGGAGAAGCUCCACUUAGCCACUACUCGCCCCGAACUUGAGCUGAUUCGCCGAGCUGCUGAACUUAUUGGUACUCGUGCCGCUCGAUUAUCGGCCUGUGGUGUUGCCGCUAUCUGCACCAAGAAGAACCUCCAACCCUGCCAUGUAGGCGCAGACGGCUCUGUGUUCAACAAAUACCCGCAUUUCAAGGCUCGAGGCGCGCAGGCUCUCCGAGAGAUUCUUGACUGGCCAGCUAAGAAGAACUCGAGGGAGGAAGACCCAGUGGAAAUCCUCGCUGCCGAAGACGGAAGUGGUGUUGGUGCUGCCGUUAUUGCUGCUCUCACACUGAAGAGAGUGCAAAAGGGUAACGUUGCCGGUAUCCUGCACCCCGAGAACUUCAAAUAAGCAACAGGAUUAUUCGAAGAGACAGCGUAGCUUAUUUACAGAAAAAUAACGGGGCGUCCCCUAGAGGGUUAGACAUAGAGAGGGCUGUCCAAGGACAACAGAAAAACGAUUGGUGUCUGGCUACGGGGCUAGAAAUAAGAUGUGAUACGGAGUUAUCCCAUAAGAGUGCAGGUCGGAAGUCGGUAUUCUGUCGCGAGUUAGCUUGCUAUUAAAAUGGUGGAAGUCAAGAAAAAAGCGUCGGUUGGCUUAC